AUGGUCAACAUGAAGUCUUUCGGCGCUGUUGCGCUCUCCGUCCUUGCUGCCACCGAGGUUGUUGCCCACCCGCACCAUGACCACAAGGCCGAGGCUCUCGAGCGCCGCACCAACAUGGCCAAGAUGAGCAAGCGUUCUCUUUCCCACUGCGCCGAGAAGCUCGAGGCUCGCGGCAUUGCGGCUAAGAACGCCGCCCGCCGCCAAGCCAUGCACGACCAGCUCAGCAAGCGUGCUACUCUCGCCAAGCGUGACCUCGACACCGUCCUCAACACCUCUCACCACUCGGACCUUACCGGUGUCACCCCCAAUGCCGACCCUAGCUUCCUCUUCACCGGCAACAACUCCUGCAUUCUUGCUCCCGAGACCACCCAGGGUCCUUACUAUGUGGUUGGCGAGCUGUUCCGUCAGAACAUUACCGAGUCCCAGGAGGGUGUCCCUCUCUACGUGGAUAUCCAAGUCAUCGACACCAACACUUGCGAGCCCGUGAAGGAUGUCGCCAUGGACUUCUGGCACUGCAACGCCACCGGUGUCUACUCGGGCAUCGCUGCCAGCGGCAACGGCGAUUCCUCCGACACUAGCAACCUCGACAAGACGUUCCUCCGCGGCAUCCAGGCCACCAACGAGGACGGCGUGCUCCAGUUCGUCUCCAUCGUCCCCGGCCACUACACGUCGCGCACGAACCACAUCCACGUCCUCGCCCACAGCCCCGGCUCGUGGUCGCUCCUGCCCAACGGCACCAUCACUGGCGGCACCACCAGUGCUCACGUUGGCCAGAUCUUCUUCGACCAGGACCUGAUCAACGAGGUCGAGACCUUCGAGCCCUACAGCACCAACACCCAGGAGUGGACCCUCAACGAGGAUGACAGCAUCCUUUCCGGCGAGGCUGACGACAUCGACCCCGUUGUCGAGUACGUCCUGCUCGGUGACUCGGUUUCUGACGGCAUCUUCUCCUGGAUCUCGGUCGGCAUCGACUCGACCGCCAACUACACCGUCAACCCUGCCGCUUACUACUCUGCCAACGGUGGCUACGAGAACUCCGAGUCCGGCUCCGGCAUGGGCGGUGGCUCUGCUCCUUCCGGCGCUGUUCCUUCUGGCACCGCUCCUUCCGGCACUCCUCCUUCCUCUUAA